AUGGUGGAAACCCUGAUCGAGUCCCUCAACCAGAAACCACAGUCUGCCGGUGACCCUCCCCAACCCACAGACACGACCCACAGGAAAGCAGGUGGGGCCGACGCCCCCUCGGCCAACGGAGAAGCUGGAGGAGGAGAGAGCACCAAAGGCUACACUACAGAGCAAGUAGCAGCAGUGAGAAGGGUCAAGCAGUGUAAAGAUUACUAUGAGAUCCUGGGGGUGAGCAGAGGGGCCUCCGAUGAGGACCUGAAGAAGGCCUACCGCAAGCUGGCCCUCAAGUUCCACCCAGACAAGAACCACGCACCUGGUGCCACUGAAGCUUUCAAAGCCAUUGGCACAGCAUAUGCGGUACUUAGUAACCCAGAGAAGAGGAAGCAGUAUGACCAGUUCGGUGAUGACAAGAGCCAGGCAGCCCGGCACGGCCAUGGGCAUGGGGACUUCCACCGUGGCUUUGAGGCGGACAUCUCCCCCGAGGACCUCUUCAACAUGUUCUUUGGUGGUGGCUUCCCGUCUAGGACAAAGAGCCUUCACCCUGAGGAGGAAGAGGACAACUGCCAAGUGUGUGUGGAGGGGGAUGUCCCCAUCAAGGCCUGGGCUUCGGUCUCAGCUCACCUGACGAGGUGA